AUGCCGCAGCUCGAUCUGGACCACAUCUUCUGCGUCGGCGCUCGCGGCCACGGCGACUCCGACAGCGCCGGCGCCGCCCAGCGCGGCGGCGAUGCGAGCGCUAGCGCCCGUGCCGACGACGGGGACGCCCCGGCGGAGUCGGUCCUGAUCCCGGUACGGGGCGGAACCGGCCUGGCCGAGCUGCUCUGCACGGCGCUGCGGCGGGACGGGUCCACCAAGGGCAGGUCCAACCCAAAGGCGGCCGCGGAGGCGGAGGCGGCGUCGCGCAAGCAGGGCGCGCCGAGGGCGGACUCGAGGCGGCUGGCGGCCGGCAGCAAGACCGCCGUGGCCAUCGGCAUCCUGCCCGCCGCGGGCAAGGUGGUUGCCAAUUCCAAGGAGCGCCGCGCUCCCGGCCGCGUCGUCGCCCGCGCCUGGCGCCGGCCGGCGGCCGGGGCCAGGGUCUUCGCCAGCGAGGCCGUGGGGCCGGAGCCCGUGUCCCCGAAGGUGUCCUGCUUCGGGGCCGUACUGCCGGAGUCGCGCGCGGCCGCGGGGCCGCCCGGUAAUAAGCAAGGGGAAGAAGAGGAACGCGGCGGGUGCUGGUCGCCCGGUAACAAGCAACGGGAAGAAGAAGAACGCGGCGGGUGCUGGUCAAGCGUGGCGGCCGAGCUGCGCGGCCUAUGUUGCAGCAGCAAUAAUAGUCCUCGCGAAGGCGAGCCGGUUGCCAGCGAGUCGAGUCCGCAGGCUACCACGGCGCCGGAGCCACAGACAGUCCCCUUCCUGUCGUCGCCGCGGGCGGUGGCCGGGCUGGGAGACGUGAAGCGCCUCGCUUCGCGGCGGUGGCCGGAGACCAUGGCGGCCGAAGGACGGGGCUCGGUUUGAAUGCGUUCCGCGCUUCGAGAGGUUCUGCAGUUGUGCUACGUCCACGGACCACGGUCGCCGAUGCAGCAGCCUCCUCCUCGGACCUGCUCCUGCCCGUUCUAGUGCCGUGUGUGGAUGUGCGACUGACCUUUGUGCUUGUUUGCAAGCUGCACCUCGUGUCGUGUGCCUUGUGUGUUGUGCAUUGACAUUGGACUUCGGUCUCAUUUCUUUGUCACUCGACUGGAUGUAGACGUAUAUCCGUUGGAAUUAUCAAGAUGAAUGCACUGA